AUGACGACGUUCUUAUCAUCUUCAGAUCCAAUGACAACAGUCCCUUCCGUCGAUGCUUCAAGUAAAAUGAUUGGUUUAUUACCAGUCAGUGGCGACGAUAAAAAACAAUAUCCUCAAUUAAUGUUAGAUAAUACACUGUCAGAUUCAGUUUUAGAUCAAAUUCCCUCAUUAUAUGGUGUAAUGAAUUUGCUCUCACAAAAACCAGCAACUUUUUCAUCAGAAGGGGUAGAAGUUUUAGAAUUGAUAAGAUAG